CCGCCCUCCGUCUCCCGUCGUCCUCUUCGUGAGUGGGCGGGGCCAUGCCUGGCGCGGGCUGGCGGCAGCACGUGCGCGCGGAGCUGGAGCGGCGGGAGCGGCGCGCGCGGGGCCUGCGGCUGCUGCUGGAGCGACAUGAAAAGCUGUAUGGCCGCCUGGAUGCUCUGCAGACCCUGCUGGCAGCGGCGGAGGAGGAGGAGGGGCAGUGGCCAGUGCCAGUGGGGUCCUGCCGGCGCCCCCAGGAAGUGGCCUCCGUCCGGGUGCAGCAGGAGAUGGAGCUGAUUGAACUCCGGAGAGAGAGAGAGGAGUUGUGCCAGCGUGUCGCUCUCUUGACGGACAUCCUGAGGGAGGCGGAGGCAGAGAACAAGGAGCAGCGGGCAAAGAUGAGGUGCCUGGCCCAGGAUCUGGCUGCCCUGACCCGCCGGCACGAGGAGGCGCAGUGCCAGGCCUGGGCGCUUUCCCAGGAGGCCGAGGGGCUGCGCCGGGAGCUGGCCGAGACGCAGGGACUCAUGCAGGAGGCGCAGCGGAAGAGGGAGGAGCUGGAGGCGCGCUGGGUGCGCGAGAAGGCGCUGGAGGCUGGCCGGCUGAACCAGGCCAACGAGCAGCACGACCGGUAUCAGCGCAGAGUCCGGCGCCUCCAAGAGAAGCUGCAGGAGGCCAGGGAAGCGGCCGGCAUGAAAGGGGGGCACCCCACUGCCUGCCCCCAACACGGUCUGCCCCUCUCUCUCGACGCAGGAUUCCCAGGCCGGCAGCUGCAGAAUCGUCCCCCAGCGACAGCACCUUCAGCACGUCUUGCGAGGAAACCAGCGCAGAAGGGGGGAGCAGCCCAAAGGUUUCAGAAGAAGCACCAGCAGAGCCCAGCCCCCCUCGGGCCUCAUCCCCUCUGGGUCAGCGCGCAGCUGCAGGUCCAAUUCUCGAGGCAGCCCCCGCCCCGUGAAUGCAGCCUGGCCCUUUCCAAGAACACCUGCACAGCCGGUGGUGGGCUUGCUCAGUGGUCACAGCACGCUUGCAAUGGCACCCUGGUUCUUGACCUGGACCUCGUGUCACGGAGAGUGUGCUGGUUGUGUGAAUUGCUCAGGAAAAGGGGGCUAAGCCACACCCACAACCCUGGAGUCUACAAGUUUUUUGGGGGGCAGGGAUAGCGUGGCCUCAAGCCCCCCCCCAGGGUUGGGCGGCUACCGAAAGCCCCACGUGGCUCUUCUUCUGCGGGUGGGGGGGGUCUUCCUUCUUGCAAAACUUGGGGGUCAGGGAGCGUCUGGCCCCACAGCGAUGCAGCAAGAGGGGGGAGUCCUUGCUGCAGAUCUGAGAAUCUCUGGCAGGGGGUCUGCAAUUUUCACAGGAGCCCCCUUUCCAUUUCCCCAACACCCCCGCCCCGUUUUUAAUGCUCAAACCACUUAAUAAAAACUUCCAGGCAUCUGUUAA